GAUGCACACAUAAACAUAAAUUAGUAACUUGGUACAUUUGUCCUUCUCUAUCAAAUUCAAUGCGGCUUUGUCUCUGUUAAGGUUGCCCAGAGAGAGAGAGAGAGAGAGAAAGCAUAAUGAACCAAUAUCUAUGACCUUUGCUUCUCAAAAUCCAAUCCUUUCCUCCUGCAAUUGUAUUUAUUGUGCAGGUUUUUUUAUCCUCUGGAUUUCUCUGUUUUUGAUUGGUUUGGGGCCUUGGCUGCUGAUUCCAGAAUAAGUUGUGAAUAAUGCCAGCAAAACCGGGGAAUGAAGAUCAACAGAUAGACCAUGGUGCUCAAAGUAUGUUGCAGUCAACUACCUACUCUGAGCCCUGGUGGAAAGGAGUUGGGAUGAACCCCUUAGGUGAAGCUGCCUCAAAGUCACCUUCUGUGGAAAAACUAAAUUGUUCAGUGGCAAAUGGAGCUGUGCAUUCACAGGCUAAUGGUGGCUUUGUCAAUGGAGAUGGGAGAAAUGGACAAGAUCGCCUACAUCUCAAGCAUGUUCCUUCCACAGCAUCCCUUACUUUGGGUGGACACCUUGAACCAAAUUCCCAAAUGGAACUAGUUGGUCACUCAAUUGUCUUGACAUCAUAUCCCUAUUCAGAUAUGCAGUAUGGUGGAAUGAUGACUUCAUACAGGCCACAAAUGAUGAUGUCACCACAUCUAUAUGGAAUGCAUCAUGCUAGAAUGCUUUUGCCUCUUCAAAUGGAAGAGGAGCCUGUUUAUGUAAAUGCUAAGCAAUAUCAUGGCAUUUUGAGGCGAAGACAAAUACGUGCAAAGGCUGAGCUUGAAAAGAAAGUCAUUAAAGUUAGAAAGCCAUACCUUCAUGAGUCGCGGCAUCUACACGCUAUGAGAAGGGCUAGGGGUUGUGGAGGUCGUUUUCUUAAUACAAAGAAGCUGGAUGAUGAUGUUACCAGUCCCACCUCAGAAAAGGGCAUGAAUUCAGAUGAAAACGUUUCAAGCAAAUCAGCUCACUUAUCAGGGUCUGAUUGCGUAUCUGCCAACCGUACUGAAAAUUUAAAUUCCUUCUAUGGUCAGCAAGAAGGAAAUGGGUCACUAGUUCAGGACUUGCACGAAGCACAGCCUUUAGGUAAUGGUAACACCAAAGGGCGUUGUCUGUCAUCAAUGUACCACUCAUCAUCUAAUGAUGCUGUGAAGGUUAACUACUUUGGCAAGCCGAAGGAUAUUGUGCAAAGGAAUGGGGCACAGGCACAACAUGGGGCCCCUUCAAUUAAAUGAAAUUCCUCCUUGAGGUGGGUGGCUCUCUUCAGCAUUGUUCUGCAGGAAAAGCUGGAGGUAUUUGCCCCUUGGGUCUUGGGUGGCGUUCCUCAGGCAAUUCAUUCUUGGCUUUGGUUAAGGGGUUAUUACAUGAGGAGAUAUGUGGUCUAUGGUUUUAUAUUCAUUCUGCUAAUAGUUCGACAUGCCUCUCAUCGACCCCUUUGUAAAAGACAAAUAGGUGUUGUAUCUACCAAGUAGCAAACUAAUCGUGAAUGUGCAAAACUUCAAAUAACUUACAUUUGAACGUGUCAAAGAGCGUGGAGACUUGUGUAUGAGUGAAGACUUUUAACUUUUCCAUCAGCGUGGCUUUAAUAAUGUAAAAUGGUGCCUGCAAUCUCUCUCUCUCUGUGUGUCUCAUAUGUAAUGGUUGUGUGGUGACUGUUGUUGGAGGGAUGUGGUUAUUUCGUGGAGAGUGGAAGUGUCUUUUUUUUUAUCCAUUGGAUAGGGGAUGGGGGAAUGAGUAUGGUGGGGUUGAACUUUCUAUCUUAUAUUUUUUAACCACUAGGUCUAAAGUUGAAGACAAAGUGUCCAUUUUUAAUGGGAGGCAACACUUUGGCGGUUCUAACCUACGUGGUUAUAGUUAUUUGUUGCGUUUGAAACUUGAGAUUGUUGAAGCCAGUUGAGGAAUCAACUAUAUGCUCCGGUCUUCAUAUGCAGCUUUUUCUACAAGGGUUGUGAUGGGUACAUGAAGUCGAAGAUUUGGUCAAGCUCAUGCUGUGUUGCCACCGUAAGUAAAUAAUGAACGUUUUUAAGUGGUUCAUACAAGCAACUGUUAAACUUCUGAGGUUCAUGAUUUUUUAUUCCUCCAUAAGAUGGCUUUUUUUUUUUUUUUGGAAAGAUU